AUGCUCACUCUCGCCGGAAAAUUCUUCACUAGCCUCCCUCCACCAUCCAUCAACAAUGUUGAAACCUCACUACACGACCAAUGGAGUUCUUUCCUCUCCGGUGGUUUCAAGGUCACUCCUUUCGAUGAAGAGAUAAUCUUGUUUGAUUUCGUGGAAGAACAAGACCUUAAAAAGGUUCUAAAGGAAGGACCCUGGAACGUCGAUGGAGUUAUCUUGGUACUCAAGGAAUAUCCGUUAGGGACCUCUUUAUCCAACAUUGAUUUCUCAGUGGCUUGCUUCUGGGUCAAGGUAGAGGGUUUGCUCUUGUUUCACUACACAAGACAAGAGUUUGUGAAGAUAGCGAAGAGGUUGAGUGAUAAGCCACUGAUUUGUGAGUACAUUAAUUGGUCUCAAAGAUAUUUUGGGGUUAGAGUCGAAGUAGAUCUUAGAAAACCAUUGGAAGCUGGGUUUUUUAUUGGAGAUCAACGUGAGCCUCACUUUGUUAAGUUCAGAUAUGAGAAGUUAGGGAACUUCUGUGAAGCCUGCGGCAAAAUUGAUCAUAUUGAUUGUGGAAAAACACCAAAGGAGAGAGCUUUAACUAGUGAGUUUAAGACCAAGACUUAUGGUCCAUGGCUAAGGUGUUGUUUUACGUGUAGUGUAUCAUCAGCCCCGGCUAGAUUCGAGUGUAACUUCUUAGAGAAGCCAAUCGGUGAAACAACGGACAAGGGCGAGGCUGAGUUGUUGGUAGAAUUCAAGAUUGUUGUUGAAUAUAGAAGCGAGCAUGAAUGGAGUGGGAAGACACUGACAUAUACUGUUCCAGAAAAAGAUGAGAGACACUGUUUUCGUCUACCUUUGUCUCUUCUCUCAGAGACCACACCAAAUUACGCAGAGGUUUAUGAGGUUUUAUCAAGUGAGAUCCAAGAGAUAGCGUCGUUGGUUGGUUUGAGAUCCUGCGAGAAAGAUGGUGUUAUCGGGAGCUUUAUUGAUUACCUGGUGGAGAACACGAACAAGUGGUCGCAUUGUAGAAGAAGAUUUGUGCCUUUAACAGCUAAUAUCACGAAGCAAAUCAUGAUACCAAUGGUGGAAUACGAGAAGGUUCUUCAAGAACGAAGAGAUGAUGAGCUUCGUGGCAAGAUCAACGUUAAGAUCUCUGAACUGAUCAAGACUCGUGUAGAAAGAAACGAGAAUCUACUAUCGGUGUCACAAUGGAUGGAAAGCAUCAAAGAGGCGUUGAGAGAGAUUGGUGUGACUCUGGUUGAGUCGGAGUUGGAGCAGAGAGCUAUAGAGGCUAGCAACGAGGCGAUCGAGAUGGAACUCUCAUGGCGUAAAGGUCCAAAGCCAGCGGAUAGAGAAAUAGUUGAGGAACUAGAGACUGUGAAUGUGCUUGGACAUGAGAUGAGCUUGUGUACGAUUUGCAAGGAGGAUAUGUUUAUUGGGGAGGAAGCAACUCGUAUGCCUUGCUCUCAUCUCUUCCAUAAGCAGUGUCUUCAAGGCUGGCUUAAGACUGCCAAUUCAUGUCCUCUUUGCCGUUUCCAGUUACCUACUUCGAAUGUAUGA